AUGGAGGGAAAAGCAAUGCGGCAGUGGUACUAUUUUCUUGUGCUCUUCUUGGCUUUGGCAUUUGGCCCAAAUAUCUGCUCUGGUCUUCCCGUCAUGACAAAGCGCUUUGUGCGCAUUGUUAACUUGCUCGACAACAAGCAACUUGUCUACCAUUGCCAUUCAAAAGAUGAUGAUCUUGGUCAACGUACUCUUGCUUCCCAGCAGAAAUUUCAUCUCGACUUCGAGACCAUUUUUACCUGUGAUUUUUGGCACUCAAAUAACCACCAUGCUCAUUUCGAUGUGUUUUAUCCCAGUAACAAGUUUGUUCACAGGUGUGGCGGGGCCCAUUGCAUAUGGAGAGCAGAAGAAAUUGGACUCUCCUUAUAUCACAUCAAGACUGGUCUCUGGGAAAAAUCUUAUGAUUGGGAAAUAUAUGGAAAAACAUUAUGA